AUGUCUGCCCAACAGUUCACCCUCCCCGACCUCCUCGCCGUCUGCCCUCUCAAGGACGCGACCAACCCACACUACGCCCAGGCCGCCGCAGAAUCGACCGCUUGGGUGAAGAGCUAUAACAUCUUCGAUGCGCGCAAGCUCGCCUUCCUCCUGCAGGGCAGCAGCGAGCUGCUCGUCUCGCACGCCUACCCCUACGCGCCGUACGAGCAGUUCCGCACCUGCUGCGACUUCGUCAACCUGCUCUUCGUCGUCGACGAGGUCAGCGACGACCAGAACGGCAAAGAUGCUCGCCGGACCGGCGAGGUGUACCUGAACGUCAUGCGCUACCCGGACUGGGAUGACGGCUCGGCCCUUGCGAAAAUGACCCGAGAGUUCAAGCAGCGGCUGCUCGCCUUCGCCGGCCCCAACAGCUACCGCCGGUUCCUCAUGCACUGCGACGACUACGUGAACGCCGUCGCACGCGAGGCAGAGUACAGGGAGCGCGGCGAGGUGCUCGACAUCGACGCGUUCCAGACGCUCCGACGCGAGAACAGCGCUAUCCGCCUGUGCUUCGGCCUGUUUGAGUUUGCGCUCGGCAUAGACCUACCCGACUUCGUCUUCCAGGACCCCCACUUCAUGACCCUGUACUGGUCCGCCGCCGACAUGGUCUGCUGGUCGAACGACGUCUACUCGUACAACAUGGAACAGGCGAAGGGCCACACCGGCAACAACAUCGUCACCGUGCUCAUGCGGCAGAAAAGCAUCGGGCUCCAGGAGGCAGCAGACCUCGUCGGCGCGCAUUUCUCCGCGCUGAUGGGCCGAUUUGUGGAGACCAAGAAGCAGCUGCCAUCAUUCGGCGCGGCCGCACUGGAUGAUGCGGUGGCAAAGUACGUCGCGGCGAUGGAGCACUGGGUCAUCGGCAACCUCGAGUGGAGCUUCGAGUCGCAGCGGUACUUUGGCGCAGAGCACACGCGCGUGAAGGCGACCCGCGUGGUCGUGCUGAGCCCCGCGGACGAAAACUGA